GCGUUUCAUGUUACUACUACUGAUUCCGAGUCAAGGAACAACAAAAACAUGUCCGAGUGCGGCUGAACGGUUAACCUGCAACAGUCACCUCAAUAGUCAACGAUUCGACCGACUGCUAUAUGAUUCCCGUCGUGUUAACGGCCGACAACCCAGAAAGAUGCCGCAGAAAGCACUGGGAUCCAUUGUAGGUCUUCUUUGUACCGGGACCUGUCUGGUGCAGGGGAAGGAGUUCUGUUUCGGGGUAAACAAUGAGCAGUACCGCUGUGAGAUGGGGUACUGCUGUGGAGAGACAGAAUGCUGCACCUACUACUACGAGCUCUGGUGGUUCUGGUUGGUAUGGACCCUUAUCAUCAUGCUUAGCUGCUGCUGUGCCUACCGACACCGGAGGGUUAAGAUGCGUCUUCAGCAGGAGCAACGUCAACGUGAGAUCAGCCUCAUGGCCUACCAAGGAGCCUCCAGCUCCUUCAUUACCCCUCCACCGCUCAAUCUAAGGUUCUGGAACGACUGCAAGCUUCCGGACUAUGAAGAGGUCGUAGGUCACCCCCCGACACCACCUCCUCCUUACUCUGAAAACCCCCCCGAGACUACUCCAGCACUCCUUCCUCAGGUGGUUCAGCCGGACGCCUCGGUGCCACAGCCCCCGCCUGAGGCAGACCUGAGGGUGCACAGUCAGGCCUCGGGCUCAUCCUCAGAACAGGAAGCAGUGGCGAUGUCGAUCCAAGCACAAUGUCUGGCAGAGGAGAACGUGGAGGCUUCACUGAUGGUGGAGGAUGAUGAGGAUGAUGAGGAUGAUGAGGAUGAGGAGGAGGACGAGGAGCUCGUCACUCGACGUCGCCACGUAACCGGCGACUCUGGGAUUGAGGUGUGCAUCUGCCAGCUGGAGGUGGACGAGGGCUCGGGGCUCGAGGAGGAGGAGGAGAGCGACGAGGAGCACCGGAUGUGCAAGGCCACCGGUCGGGACUGCUGCUCCGGGCGCCAGCAGCAGACCUUCAGGCAGAAGGAGCACACCUCUGAGCUGCCCAGCCAGACUGCCGGCACCAGCACGGGAGACCACAUGGUGUGAUCCACGGCGUAACUUAACCAGCCGACCGGCGUGGCUUCCUGCUUCACGCAGCGUGACGUUAUCAUCAUCAACGAACUAACACACAGGCGUCACGUGAUGAUAACUAAUCCUUAACGACUCCUGAUGAGGAAACACGAAUAACAUUGUGUGGACAAACUCUUUUUUUUUUUUUUUGUCUUGUUUUUUUUUGCUUUUCUUUAAGUGGGGAAACCAGCAAACACAUUUGGUAUGUUUUUUUUUCGUAGUGCUAAAUUAGAGAGCGUCAUGGGUAGCGAGACGACAACAAUUGAUUGUGACUGAAACCAGAAUGUGCUCUUGCUCCCACCCUCUCCCUGGGCACUGCUGUCAUGUUUCCGUCUCUUAUCCUCGGUCAUAACAUUUCUGGCCAUCUGACAUUUUACCUCCGGUGGGACGGUCAGCUGGGAGCAUACCAACACGGUCAACGACAUUUCUCCCCUUUCUCCCCUGUGACUUCCGAAGGCAGAGGAGUCAAAACAAACAAGCCUCUUGAGAACUGAAGUGACGACUGGAACACACAUUUCCUCUUUUUUACCCAAAGCUGUGUGCGCUUUGAUAUCUAGGGCACAGCUGCAUUAUGAUGUCAGCUCUGAGGUCACUGCACCGAGCGUCUGGUGUGAUGUCUGUGGGAUCAAGAGUGGGGGAGACUAUUCACCCACAAACAGCAGAGGGAGAUGAGUUCUGUUUUGUCUCCUCCCCCACCAGCUCUUUCUUUCUUUUUGAUAUCCAUAUUGUGGCCUCCACAGCUCUGUGGUCACCAAUUAGCAUGACUGUAGGUGAGGAAGGAUUAGUGAUUUAUCGACUGUGCACACCGCAUCUCCCCACUUUGGGUUUCUGGCUGCAUUAAAUUCAUCGUAGCAGCCAAGAGAGAAUAAAAAGCCCUGUGGCUCUGUGUGUGUUUUAGUUACUGUUUUAUGUCAGAGUGUAGCGGCAGCAUUUUUUCUCAUUCUAAACAUAAGUAGUAAUAUAGUUCAUAAUGCAGGAUGUACUUGCUUUUUUGUUUUUUCAUUUCAUAACCAGCUUUGCAUCAAUAAAGGCCGCAGGUGUCACUGUUAACAAAGCUCCUGGGGGGGAGGGGGUACUAGUCCGUAAGGAAAGGUUGAGUCUUGUGCGUUUUGUAUAUCUUUAUAGUGCUGUAGCACCUGGUUGUCGUACUUGCUCAGCACUGAGGUGGAUUAACUAUUAAAAGCACCGGUAUUUUGCAUGAGGCAUGAAUUUUCUGUGUUCAUAUUUUGAGUUCAUUAGUAUUUUUCUAGUAGUUGGGCUGCUUUGCUUUGCUCAUCUGCGGACUACGGUGGCUACACAGCUGUGCGCCCAGAUGUUGGGGGGGAAGACGUGGACUGGUGGUUUGAUCGUGUUGUGUGUGUGUGUGAGCCACGCAUUGCUGUGCUGGUGGCUCGUAAGCUGGUGCUGCUCUUCUCAGUGUGAGGGAUCUACGGUGGUAUUUUCCAUUGGCAGCAGAGGGAGAGGGUGCAUUAGCAAGUCGAGGUGAAUGCAGGCUCUGCAAUCCAGUCGGUGUUGGCACAGCUGCAGGAUCUAUUGUGAUUAACUGCCUGCUUCUCUGUGUUGCACGUCAUUUUGCCCCCAAUGUGUCGCACGGCAUGUAUUCAAAAGGAUGGCAGUCAAACUGGUGGUGAGACGGGAAAAACCGCCGCAAAAGAAAAUUGUGAGAUAAAAGUCUGCGCAAGAGACGACAAAUCGGCGAAUGUUUCAUCGAGAAUUUAGUUGCGGAACAAUGUCCGACGUUUUAUUUGUUUGCUCUGAUGCUGCGUGUCGAAAUGGGCACAGUGUAAAAGACUCGGGUCAGUCGUUCUGCUUCACACUUAUACAUUUCCAAGAAAUUAUUUCAGGUAUUAAAAUGAGACCGUUGACCUCGUAACAGGAGGUGACACUGGGUUCUGCACACGUUUAUGGUUGUGACUCUUCCAUUUAAGCUGCAUACCACACACUGCUGUGGCUCAAGUGUAGGAAAACAAUACAAGAGGGGCCAGUGCACCCACAAUGUCAGUAGAGAGUGAAACAGAAAUGAAUACACGGCGGCCUAAAGGCUUCAAUUGGAAGAAGAUUUUGUUUCAUGUUUAUUAAAUGGGCCUAAUCAAACAUGCCGUUAGCGGCCCUUUUGUGUUCUCGUAGUGGAGCAGGUGCUUAGAUGUGAAGCCAAACCGACAUGACAACGACCUUUUCAGAGGAGCUGUUACACUGUGAGCAUGACUGCACACCCAUUAGCAGAGGUAAUACGAGACCAACACACCUCAAGCUGCCUCUACAGAGCUAAAGUCCUGCUUAUGGAGCUGCACAUUAAACAGACGUGCUGCCGCCUUAUUAGAGUAGAUGUAGGUUCUCUUUAAAUGGUAAUAGUUGUGUUGUUUCUAGCAUGGUUGUGCUUCUGUGGUAACAGAAAGUAGCAUCUGAGCUUGUUCCGAGGAAGUGCGCUCGCUUCAUGAGAAGAGGAUGUGGUUUAAAGACGCUGAAAGCCACACGAGUCAAACUGUCCUCUGUUGUGUAGAGUUUUACUUGCAUUGGUUUUUGUAUCUGAGGCUGUUUUGUUCUUUUGUUUGUUGACUUUAAAAUACUGUGUGCGUAGCGGUUGGUUGUGGCACUGAUGGAAUUAGUCAAGACCAGAUUUUGCGCUCCUCCUGUUUUUGUUCUACGGAUCUGGUCCCAAUUAGUUUGUGAUGUUAACUGGCUUGAAAGAAAAAAAAAUAUUGUUUUUGUUUUCUAUUGUUUUGUUGUGAUUCAUCCUGGUUUUGUGUCUGGAGGACAAAAGUGAACUCCAACAAGAGGUUGCUUUGUAACCUUCUUGCUAAGGUGCAUUUAGCUUAUUUCUGUACAUAUGUAGACGCAAUAUUCUGGGUUGUUUUGUGCAUGAGUGAACUGGAGGUCCAUAGUUUUCCCAUUGUCAAACAACUACUAUGCCUCUCUGGUUUCCACACUUUUACAGAGAUUAAGGGCUAUACCGGUCAUCACGCAUCCAUCCGUGAUUCUUCUCCUCUGUGUUCUUCACUAAAAGCCACAAGUUGCCGAGAUCCACUAUGCGAGCAUGGUCGGGUUUUGUUUUGGGGGGGGGGGGGGGGGGGUUUGGAUGAUAUUUCAAUGUUGUGGUGGAGCUCAUAUAUUUACCAAUAGCUGAUUGUAUACGACUGUGUAUGUUUGUGUAAUAGGCUUUAUCUUUGCCUUUUUUUCUGUUUCGUCAACUGGAGGUGCAAGAUUUGACCCCCCCCCCCCCCUCCUUAAUGCUAACGAUCCUUUCUUAUGUAACUGCAUGUGUGGUUGUGACGGAGAGUUUUUACAUUUGGACAGUGACUUCACCCUCCGCCGGGCUCCGUCUUGGUAACAGAAACACAUUUGGGCUCAUCCACUCAUGCAGAAGAAGUGUGGACAGAAUAAUCUGCCAUCUCCGUGCUCCGCAGAUCGUCAUGACUUGGUUUCCCACUCUCAGGGUUAUCUUUUAUUAACAAGCAGUGCUACAGUACAGAAUGAACACCACCAGUCUCAUAACAACCAAAGCAGUUCUUUCAUGUUAAUUGUUUUCUGCUGUUAUUUCUGCAUCUCUGUAGUCUAUUGUACUUUACUCAACUAGGCUAUGCAACAACAUCAACCUACUGUUUAUAUGUCUCUCUCUCUCUCGUCUCCAGUACAAGCAAUAUAACUGAGUACUUGUGGCACUGUACUGUAAUCUACUUUGGUUGGUGUGCGUACAUGUAUUUGUUUAAGAAAACUUGUAAAAACAAAACAACUUGUAAUUCUACCUGCAAUGAUGUGAGGAUGUAGGCUUCAGUGUCAGCUGAGGGGCUUGAGUUAAGAAGCCUUUCUAGUUUAUAUAUAUUAUUCUCUUUUUCCCUCUUUUUGGCUUUUUCCUCCUGCAUCCUGGACCACUAACCCUUUCUACUCCUGACGUAUGGAUAAACCACAUUAAUGAGAUAUUUAAACCAGAGGGGAAAAAGUUGAAUAUAUUGUUUUCCUUUUGGAAUAAUUCAUGUUCAUCUUUAAUCCGUUUGUCACUUUUCCAUCCCUCAGCUUUGUUGCACUAAUUCAACGUGUCGGUUUUCUCAGUUAAAACGACGGCUUUGUUCAUUUUCAUUCGUGAUGAAUUUUCACUGACUGUUGCCUUUUUUUAAUCCUCGGUUGUUACAGUGCCAUCAAUGUCAAAACUUUUAUAUAUUAUACAUAUGAAAGACCUCAACAUGGAACACAGUCAGCUUAAGUUAGACACAUUUGUCAUUGUUUCUGUCAAACAACUUGUUUUUGUCUCAUAGAUUAAUACCAACGGAUGAGAUGCGAUGGUUGAGCUAUUUUCUUUUGCCAAGAUGAGAAACAUCCUAGCUAAUUGUUUUGUUAAUAUCUUCUUAAACAAGCGUAAAGUGGUAAAAGAGAAAACUGUAAAACACCGAUCGCUUUAAAAUCCUUGGUUUUAGUAGAAAGUCUGCUGUGUACUCGUUGGGUCAUCAUUUGUAUUUUAUUUUUUUAAUAAAACAAAGCUUGGCACUCAACUGA